UCACCGCUGCUCCUUGAUCUCUCGACAUUUGGCGUCCCUAAAAAAAGCUUUCCUUUUCGUGAUUGGGCAAAGGAAAAGAGGCCCAGAAAAGCUAUUAUGCUAUGGGCAAUGGUGGGCAGACAAGGACGUCAAGUCAUUCUGCAGUAGCUCUCUCCCUCUUCUUCAGCGCCCCACCGCUAUUUCUGCUUCUAAAAUACUUGAAACGAGAUUCUUGUGAUCUCACUCCAAACCUCUGGGUGCCAUUACUGCUCUGGUUCUCACCUUCUUAGCCUAACUCUUUUGAAGAAAAGAAGAUUUUUUGUGUUGAUUGUGGAGAGAAAGGCGAAUCUUUGGGGCCGUUUAUUUCCUGCUAAUCUCUUUCCCUUUCAAGAAAGACUGAGAAAUCCACUGGUUUCUACACCAAAAUCUCAAUGGACAAAAAGAUGAUAUGUCCUUGAUUUUUUGAAGCUGAGUAAAGGGAGGAGGCGGUGGGUGGUGAGCUAGCGAAGUUUUGAACAUGGGAUCUCUUAUACCCUCCUUCUACUCCCUUUUGAUGGCUAGUUUUCUUCUUUUGACUUCUAUGGCGGAGCUUCCUGAUGAUGCUCCCAUGGCGGCGCUCAAGAAAGAGCUUCAUGGUGUGGGAUGGAUUUUUCAGGGGUCCAACUAUUGUUCAUGGGUUGGGGUCACUUGCAACCCUCUGAAUCUUUCCGUGGAAGCACUUGAACUCCCUCGCCACGGUCUUAAAGGUAACAUUUCCGGCAUUUCUGAGCUAAAAUCUAUAAAAAGGUUGGAUCUUUCUGGCAAUCUUUUUCAUGGGUUCAUUCCUCCCUCACUUGGAAGCCUCUCCGGGCUUGAGCUCCUGGAUUUGUCUGGGAACAAGUUUGAAGGAUUGAUUCCUUCAUCUCUGGGCAGUCUCGGGAGCCUAAAAUCAUUAAACUUAUCAAAUAACUUUCUUAUUGGUGGAAUACCCAAUGAGUUGAAGAAUCUAGAGAGGUUGCAGGAGUUUCAAAUUUCUGGAAAUAAUCUCAAUGGCUCUAUACCUGAGUGGAUUGGGGAGCUAUCCGGUUUAAGGGUCUUUUCUGCGUAUGAAAAUCAUCUGUUUGGUAAAAUUCCUGAGAACCUCGGCACAGUUUCAGAGUUGGAACUGCUUAAUCUUCACUCCAACCGGCUCGUAGGUGUUAUUCCCGAGAGCAUUUUCUCCUCAGGAAAACUUCAAGUUCUUGUUCUCACUCUGAACCAAUUGACUGGAAGCAUUCCAGAAUCAGUUGGGAAAUGCAAGAGCCUUUCAAGUCUAAGGAUUGGCAAUAAUAAGCUAGUUGGAAGUGUUCCUCCGUCAAUAGGCAACAUUAGUAGCCUUACUUAUUUUGAGGCAAAUAAUAACCAUCUCUCCGGUGAGCUGCCUGUGGAGUUUGCGCAGUGCUCCAACCUUACUUUAUUGAACUUGGCUUCGAAUGGUUUAUCAGGAUUUGUGCCGAUAGAGCUUGGUGAUCUCAAGAACCUUCAGGAGUUCAUAGUAUCAGAUAACAAUCUCACUGGCGAAGUGCCCAGAUCUUUGUUGAAGUGUAGGAACCUUAGUAAGCUUGAUCUAAGCAAUAACAGAUUCAAUGGGAGCUUACCACAGAAUAUUUGCAGCACAUCGAGGUUGCAGUUUCUUCUUCUUGGUCAGAAUUCUAUAGGUGGGGAGAUACCUCCAGUGAUUGGAGACUGUGUGAGACUGCUUGAGUUGCAGUUGGGCGGUAAUUAUUUGACCGGUGGAAUUCCGCCGGAGAUCGGAAGGAUCAAGAACUUGCAGAUAGCUCUAAAUCUUAGCUUCAAUCACCUCCAUGGCAAUUUGCCCCAUGAGCUGGGGAAGCUUGACAAGCUGGUUUCAUUGGAUGUAUCUAACAACCAGCUAUCUGGAAUUAUUCCUUUUGAAUUCAAGGGUAUGCUGAGUCUAAUAGAGGUUAAUUUCUCUAAUAACCAGUUAACUGGUUCAGUGCCAAUUUUUGCUCCAUUUCAGAAGAGCCCUCCUUCAAGCUUUUUAGGAAACAAAGAUCUUUGUGGUGAUCCUUUGAUUACUAGUUGCACUUCUGUUUCUGAUACUGCAAAUGAAAAUAAUCACCACAAAUCUUCAUACAAGAUGGUUCUUGCUGUAAUUGGGUCUGGUCUAGCUGUUUUUAUCACAGUUUCAGUAGUUGUGAUCCUGUUCACAAUCAGAGAAAGACAGGAAAUGAAAGCAAAAUCAAGUGAGUUAUGUGAUGAAGAAAUACCUGUUGCUUCUCCACUAGUGAUAACUGGAAAUGUUUUUGUUGAUAGCCUCAAACAAGCUGUGGACUUUGAUAGUGUUGUAAAAGCUACUAUGAAAGAUACAAAUAAGCAAAGUAAUGGAACUUUCAGUACCGCUUAUAAGGCAAUCAUGCCUUCAGGGCUUGUUCUUUCAGUGAAAAAACUCAAGUCCGUGGAUAGAACUGUUGUGAAUCACCGGAACAAAAUGAUAAGGGAGUUAGAGAGAUUUGGAAAUCUCAUUCAUCCUAAUCUAAUGAGACCUAUUGGUUAUGUGAUAUAUGAAGAUGUAGCUCUUCUCCUUCACCCUCACUUAGUUAAUGGGACAUUGGCACAGCUUCUUCAUGAAUCUCCUAAAGAUGAGUAUGAGCCAGAUUGGCCUCGAAGACUUUCAAUUGCCAUUAGUGUUGCAGAAGGUUUAGCUUUUCUCCAUCAAGUUGCCAUUAUUCACUUGGAUAUCUCAUCUUGCAAUAUCUUCUUGGACGCACAUUAUAAUGCUUUGCUGGGGGAGAUUGAGAUUUCAAGGCUUUUGGACCCAUUGAAAGGAACUGCAAGUAUUAGUGCAGUGGCUGGCUCUUUUGGCUAUAUCCCUCCAGAAUAUGCUUAUACAAUGCAAGUUACAGCUCCAGGAAAUGUCUAUAGCUUUGGCGUCGUUCUUCUUGAGAUCUUAACAACCCGGCUGCCGGUAGAUGAGGUAUUUGGUGAAGGUGUAGAUCUUGUUAAAUGGGUUCACGGUGCGCCGGGGAGGGGCGAAACGCCUGAGCAGAUAAUGGAUGCUAGGCUCAGCACCGUCUCCUUCGCAUGGAGGAAACAAAUGCUUGCAAUGCUGAAGGUCGCCUUGCUGUGCACUGAUACCUUUCCUUCAAAGCGACCGAAGAUGAAGAAAGUGGUGGAGAUGCUUUUUGAGGUGAAGCAAAGUUAGAUCUUUAUAUCUUUAUCAGAUAUUUUGCUUAACUUGAUUGCUGUUCCAAGCCUCUGGUUCUAUGGCUUCACAACUGGGGUGCCUGAAUUUCAAGUGAGUUCUUAUGGUUCCAAAUCUCUCUCUCUAUAAAUAUAUAUAUGGAUGCUUUGUAUAUCAAUGAAGGAUUGCUAGGCAAGGUUGCCUCUUUAAUUUUGCUAAUGUGGAAUCUGAUUUAGGUGUUUGGCUUGUUGUAUGAUAAACUACUUUCUACAGGUCAAGCAUGCAAAUUUUUCCUUUUUUUCUUGAUGUUGAGUUCUGAAAUAGCAUACUUGGGACUUUUAUUUUUA